AACUAGGCAACAGUCCGUUGGUGUUAUUUGUUUUAUCGUAGGCCUAGCCUAAAAAAAGCUUACAUCCAGGAAUUUAACAAGACGCAUUGUUUUAUUCACCCACUGAGAAGAGAGUUUUUGCAGCAAUUUUGUAUUGCUAAAUUUUGAGCAACAGUCCCAUAGGAGCAUGUUUAAUAAUUUCUUGUAACCAGUUCUAAAACUGAGAUAGUAAAAUGGCUCAUAAACCUGAUGAAGACUCUCCUGAACUAAGCCCUCAAGUUAGCAAGACCAAAGUUGCUAAGUACAGACAAAAAGCAAGAAAAAGCAUUGCAGAAUUUUUUGGAGUUGGAGAAGAAGAUGAAAAAAAUGCUCUCAGAUGGGAGAAACGCCGCCUCAGGAUUGCCAGUUCCAUGGGAAAAGGUCUCAAAGAUGAUCUGUUUGAGCAAGACUACCCUGAUGGUGCGCCGCCCAAUGUUAAAGAUCCACUGCGCUUUUCUCGCAUGUCUAGGCAGAUGUCGAGAGUUUCAUUUUCAUCAGGAAUGCCUGGUGCUCCAGGGGGUCGCAAAGAUACAAGAAAGAAGUCAGUUUUCCAGAUGACUGUUAAGGGAAUUAGUUCAUUAUCAACUAAUCAGAAAGAGAUGCAGAGAAAGAAAUCAUUUAAGGCUCAAGGUCAAAGUUUUCCUAGAGGAAGUAUUUGGCAUGGUGUUGAUGAGCCCAAGACAGAAGAUGAUUUUAGCUUGGUUGAUGAUGUGUUUUUUGAUGAGAAACCUCUUAAACCACCUCCUGCUGCAUCUCCGCAAAAAUCUCCGGAACUAGCUGGAGGUCCAAGUGCUCCAGGCUGGAGAAGGAAACCUCCUGAAGCUAUACCCUCUACCCCUGGAGAGGACAUGGUUGAUCUUGGUUUUAAGAAGAUCAAAGACACAGUGUUAAUGACAGCGUUUAGUAAAGAUAAACGUCAAGUAGGUAUGGGGAUCCUUGGUAAAGUCACCAGACGCAGGCUCAAGAGUACAGUCAUCAUGGAUAAAGAAAUCAAACAACAGUUGGACAAUUUAGAUGAUCAUAGGCCUUACUUUACAUACUGGGUAACAUUUGUACAGAUCGUUGUCUUUAUAGUAGCAGUCUCUGUUUAUGGCUUUGCACCCUUUGGCAUUGGACAAACACCGGAGUCAGCAAAUGUCAGAAUGCCUAACCUUGCUAUCCAAACUGAAACUCAUAUGGAAAAGGACAAUUUGUGGUUUGGACCUAGGCAGGCUGAUUUGAUUCACCUUGGUGCUAAAUACUCGCCGUGCAUGCGGACUGAUGAAAAUCUCAAUGCAGCUAUAAACUUAGAUAGGGAUGAAGAAAGAGGCUCUGCUUGUUGCAUCAGGAAUGAUGGUUCUGGCUGUGUGCAGACGGUGGAAGAUGCAUGUAGUGAAAUUUUAUCACGUUUUGAAAAAUGGACUGUAAAAGCCCCAGGACCUGAUUCAAGACUAAGUGGUUCAGUUUGUGGUCAAGAUCCAAAGUAUUGCAACAACCCUUCAUCAACCCCUCCAUUUAUCUGGUUAGAUGACAUCACACAGUGGCCUCUGUGUAAGGAGACGGCCAGACCCAACCAGUCAUUGGCCAGCCAGAAAGAUCAGCACAUGAGCUGUGAGAUCCUAGGCCGACCUUGUUGUUUUGGUAUCCAGGGAGAGUGUAUCAUCACUACACAAGAGCAUUGUGACCUGAAGCGAGGCUUCUUUCAUUACGAGGCUACACUUUGUUCACAGGUCAAUUGCUUUGAAGAAAUCUGUGGAAUGAUUCCAUUUGCUAAUCCAAAGAAUCCCGAUCAAUUUUACAGACUUUGGACUUCUUUAUUUUUACAUGGAGGUUUGGUGCACCUGAUUUUCACAAUAGUUUUCCAAAUGUGGAUCAUGAGAGAUCUGGAGAAGUUGAUGGGUGCUAUCCGCAUCACCAUCAUCUACCUGGGUGCAGGGGUGGCAGGAAACCUGGCAAGCUGCACAUUCAUUCCUUAUCAAGUUGAGGCCGGGCCAUCAGGUGCACAGUUUGGAGUGGCGGCAUGCCUGCUGGUGGAAGUACUCCAGAGCUUCCAGAUGUACAAGCAUCCAUUUUUGGCUGUUAUAAAACUGAUGCUGCCCCUGAUGGGCUUCUUUCUACUGGGUCUCUUGCCAUGGAUAGACAACUGGGCUCACCUCUUUGGCUUUUUCUUCGGGUUCCUUCUGGCCUUUGCUUUGAUGCCAUAUGUGUCUUUUGGAGUGUUUGACCGCAGACGGAAAAUUAUAAGUAUUAUUGUUUGCCUUGGUGCUUCAAUAGGGCUGUUUUCUAUCUUAGUCAUCAUAUUUUAUGUGGCACCACUGACAGACUGCCAUUGGUGCAUCUACUUUAACUGUAUUCCAUUUACUCAAAAUUUUUGUGAAAAUAUGGGGGUCAGGAUCAAGAAGAAUGCCACAUACUCAAGCCAUUUUCUGUGAGCAGCUGACUAAAACUUAUUUUGUAGCUAGUGUAUACGUCUAAAUUUUGAUACUCUAAAUGCAUCUCUUGCUUUUGUCAGACACAAAAUAUUCAGAAACAAUAUCUUAAAUUUAGAAAAACAAUAGAUAGAAGAUUUUAAAAUUCCAUUGUUUUAAAAUUAACUUACAGUGGUAUUUGUGACAAAUUCUUGUUGAGUACAUGCAUAGACUCUUUAGCCCAUUUUAGCCAGAAUUGUAACCCAAAUAGUUAUAGAACCUAGUUUUUUAGAUGCAAAAUAUUCGUACACUCUGUACAGGUAUAAAAAAUGGACAUAUAAAAUCUAUAUAAUGUUAGCAUUCAAAGAUACAUUGCUGACUGGGUACUGUAUAAAGAUCACUGCAAUUUUAGUUGGUUAUUUUAUUACAGCAUAACUUUUUCAGUUUCUACUAUACCUUUUUUUCUUAGAGUGUACAUUAGAAUUGAGUUAGAGUUCUUUAACUGUCCUAUUGCAGCCUUACUACAUUCCAUGUUCUUAAGGUUAACUAGAAGCUUCAGGUAUACAUAUAUAUAUAUAUAUAUAUAUAUAUAUAUAUAUAUAUAUAUAUAUAUAUAUAUAUAUAUAUAUGUAGUGGUAGCAUCUGGAACUAUGUAUGAAUAUAUUAAGCUGUAAAUAUCCAUUUGAUAAAAUCUCAUGGUUGGCAAGGGGUACAGUUAUAUUUCAAGAGGUACAAAUACUACUAAAAGAGUAUUAUUUAUUGGAGGGGGUUUGAGUUUUUAUUUCAAUCCAUGUUGUUAAGUUAGAAACAAGGUAUGUUCCUUUUGUUUUUUUAAUUCUGUGUGACACUUCAGUUUAUAUCUACAUGAAUUAUUUUCAUUUUCUAAAAACUUAAUUUUGUAAAGAUACAUCCUAACAAAAAUACUGAUGUAUGAAGUGAUUUAACUAUGAUUCCCACAAAGAGAAAUGGAGGUGAAUCAACUAUGAUACACCAGAAUCAGUUUCACUAAACAGUUGAUAUGGUUUUAUUUGUUUAAAACAAUUACUUAAAAAAUGUUCUACCUUCCUGUUGUUUUCAAAUGUUGGAUUGUGUAUGUUUUGUUGCAAAUGCUUUGCUUGAGUGGAGGCAAAAAGGUUCCUGAGACAUUUAUUAACUGUUGUACAGGGAGGCAACUCCCCAAGGUAUAUGUUACCCCUAUGAUACAACUUGAUCAGUGUCUAAUUUUGUACACUAUACUUUGUAACAAGUUCAACCCAGUAGAAGGAGGUCCAAACAUUUUAUUCACUAGAACAGUUGAUUCAUUUUCUUUAUAAUCUCAUGCAACUGCUGCUCUUCACUAAACAAUUUAACAAACUAUACAUCACUUUGUUCAUAGAACUACUUUAUUUAUGCAUGUAUCAUUCUAAAAUGCUAGAAUCUGAUGUUAGAAUAUACAAUCAUUAAGGUUCUUGUAAUGAUUAAAAUCAUGAUUGUAGUGCCAUACCUUGUGAUUUUAAUGACCAACCAAUCAUUUUUUUGGUGACACAAAUUAAAGCAAAACUUUGAGCCUAUAUAUUCAUUGAUUGUUGAAAAAAUUCAAUAAGGAAUGUUUUAAAAAGAAAUUUGAAAAAAUUAGGCUUAGUUGAUAUUUGUCAUGGUAAUUUGUUGAGCUUCAUGCCACGAUUUAUGUUCAAUAUUUGAGAUUAUGUUAUGUGUCAUACAUAUGCUUUAGUCAUUGUUUAACUGUUAGAAGUUACUUGCACAAUGUCUUGUUUCAUGGGCUAAGUAUAUGUUGGAAACUUCUAAGGAUGGUUGUCUGAUAAACUGGUUGAUGUUGAAUAGGUUUAGAUGAACUAGUUUAUUUUGAAGAGAGUGAUGUUGAACAGGUUUAGAUUAACUUUAGCCCUGGGAUUUAAGUCUUAGUAUGACUGAUAUUUAUCUGGUUUAGGUAACUGGUUUACUACUGUAUGUGUAUAUAUUGUCGCCCAUGACAGUAUUUAUUUUAUCUUGUGUCCUUUUUACACAUUUUGUUGCAAUGCAAUAUGGUAUGCAGACAGCCAACAGUAGUUUAGACCACCAGUAUGGCUGUAUGCCACAGCUAACAGUAGUUUGGAUUACCUGUAUGGCUGUGUGCUACAGCCAGUAGUUUAGAUCACCUGUAUGGCUGUAAGCCACAGCUAGCAGUUGUUUAGAUCCUUUGUAUGGCUGUGUACACCACAGCUAGCAGUUGUUUAGAUCCUUUGUAUGGCUGUGUA